GCUGCUGACGAGACGCUGAUUUGUUGCACUGAUAACAACCAGCUAGCUACUGUUAGCUAUCUUCUUGACAAGAAAAUACUGGUUUUUAAUUGUUACGCGCCAUUUUAACUAGCAGAGAUCAAAAUGACCACUAAAAAGAAGCGGUCACCACAUUCACGAAACGACAGAUGGGUUGUUGUUGCUGCAGGUAAAUUAGGCAACUACUCCGCCGUGGAAACACCACAGAAAGAUGACAGUGACCCCACUUUCAUCCGGCUUAGGAACCCUUCAACAGAUGCAGCGUCUUUGUACCUGUUGGGCAGUGGUGAUGUGCAGCUGUAUGAGGUCAAAGCCUUCAACGAGGACUUCCACUCCUGGUUCAUUGGCCAGACAGUACAGAGAGAUGGGAGACUUCUGUAUGUCACUCCAAUGGAUCCACUCUACCUGCUGUUGCCCUACUUGAUCAAAGCGGGUAAAGAGGGGAAGUUCCAGCCCAUGGACCAGGUAGUGAUGGACGAGGACUUCCCAGCAUGCACUAGGCUGCUGAGCUGCACACGCUCCCAGGCCUCGCUGCACCAUGUGGCUGAGGAGAAAGAGGUGGGCAGUCUGAAGUAUCACCGCUACAGCCAGGAGAGGACCAUGGAAUGGUUAAAGAAAAAGGCUGAGAGGACAGUGAAGACCCUCAGAAAGAGUAACAUCUCAGUGGGAGAGGGAGUAAAUUCCACGACGUAUGUCCGAGUCAAGCAGGAGUCCGGGACCCAGGAAGAGGACUACCUGCGGUAUGCCCAUGGCCUGAUAUCUGAGUACAUCAGUGAAGACCUGAGCAAAGCCCUCCUCAAGCAUCUCCAGUUACCUGAGCUCUCAAGCCCUAAGGAGGUGGAGCCCCCCUCAAAGAAGCGGAAACUGACUGACAAACCAGUGGAGGCGGGAGAGGACUACACCAAAUUCAACAGCUCCGAUUUCACCCGCAAACCGCCCAAGAAGAUGAGUGCGGCACAAAAGACCCUGGCCAAGGUGGACAAAACGGGCAUGAAGAGCAUGUCUGCCUUCUUCAGCCCCAAGGGCAAGGCAGACAAAAACUGAAUGUUAGGAUGAUGCAGCAGUUUGUGCGUGUCAGUGUGUCUGUCUGUCUGUCGGUGUGCGUGUCUACAGUGUGUCUGUCUGUCUGUCGGUGUGCGUGUCUACA